AUGACAACUACACUCUUCGAUAACUAUAUAAACCUUUAUAAUUUUGUUAAUUCAAAAAUGUCCAGACUUAGCAAUAAUCACAUUGUGAUUAUCUCGAAGUACUUUAAAACAAUUAAAGAUUUUAUUAAUCUUGAAUUGGUUUGUAAAAAGUACUCUAAUUACAUGAAAAAGUUUCUUUGCAACCCAAUUCCAUUGACUUACAAAACAAUUGAAUACUUUCCAAACAUCACAACACUCAAUUUGUGGAAUAAAGAUGAAGAAAAUUUUGGCAAUGGUUUUCUUGUCAAAACAAAUGAUGUUGACUAUAAUGAUAUUAACAUGGGUAAGGAAAUUGUGGUAAAGAAAACCUUCAAACAAAUUGUCGCAUGGUUCAAUGUUAUUUGUACAACUGUUCAAAUAAAUGUCAAUAGAAAUAUUAUUUUUAAAAAUAUGACAUUUACACGUAGUGAUAGAAUAUUAUUUGGUGAAAACAUUCCAUCAAAUGCCACAUCAAUUGAAAAUGAAUGUUUUAAUGAUUGUUACAGUUUAAGCAGUAUCACAAUUCCUUCAAAUAUCACAUCUAUUGGUAAAAUGUGUUUUUUAAAUUGUAGCAAUUUGAGCAAAGUAGUACUACCUCCAAAUAUCACAUCAAUUGAAUAUCAGUGUUUUAAAAAUUGUAGCAAACUAACCAAUGUGGUUAUACCAACAGGUGUUGUAUCGAUUAUUGAUAGUUGUUUUUUGAAUUGUACCUCUUUAAGCAGUAUUAUUAUUCCAUCAAAUGUGAUAACAAUUUAUAGUUGGGUUUUUAGAAAUUGUGUUGGUCUAAAUAGUGUGGUAAUACCACCGAAAAUUACAUUACUUGAUGAGUGUUGUUUUUUUCAAUGUACUAAUUUAAUAGAUGUGAUAUUUGGAACAAGUGUUGUUUCAAUUGGUGAAAGUUGUUUUAAAGAAUGCAGUAAAUUAAGUUGUAUAGUAAUACCAUCAAGUGUCACGUUUAUUGGCAAAAACUGUUUCGAUAAUUGUAACAAUUUAAGCAAAGUUGUAUUACCGCCAAACAUAAAAGAAAUCACUUAUGGUUGUUUUGAGUAUUGUGUUAGUUUGAAAAGUAUUGAAAUACCCACAAGUGUUACAUCGAUAAGUUUUUAUUCAUUCAAAGAUUGCAGUUCUUUGAGCAGUAUUAUAAUAACAUCCAAUGUUAAAUACAUUGAAGGGGACGCGUUCUACAAUUGUAUAAAUUUGAAAGAUGUGACUAUCCCAUCCAGUGUUGUAGCUUUGAAUAAUAAUUGUUUUGGUAAUUGUAGCAAAUUAAGUAGUGUAGUGAAAGCAUCAAGUGUUACAUCUAUAGGCAGAAGAUGUUUUAAUAAUUGUAAGAGUUUAAAAGAUGUAGUAAUACCACCAAGUAUUACAAAAAUUAGAAAUAAAUUGUUGUUGACCUCCAAAAUCAAUGUUUUAAAGAUUGUUGUGCUUUAA